AUGACCACUCCAGAAACGACUCAAAGUACGCCAGCUGGCCGAACAUGGCGCAACUACUUUCCCGACGGUGACCUUUGGGUGUUUGGUUAUGGGAGUCUCAUUUGGAAGCCACCACCACACUAUGACCAGCGAGUUCCAGGCUAUAUCGAUGGCUAUGUCCGACGCUUCUGGCAGGCCAGUACCGACCAUCGCGGCACCCCAGAAGCGCCAGGUCGGGUGGUAACAGUCAUCGAACGGGGUUUCUGGGAAACCCUAGACGACCCGCACGGACAUCUUGAAUCCUCAACAGCUCGCGUCUGGGGCGCAGCAUACCACAUCCCCGCCUCCCAUGCCGAGGAAGUCCACGACUACCUCGACGAACGGGAAAUAGACGGCUACACCGUCCACUACACCCCCUUUCAUCCCAUAUCUGCCGUCUCCGUAUCCACCGUCUCCAGAGCCCCGGAGACGGGGACAGUGCCGGAGACGCAGUCGCCAUCGCAGGCGCACGCCGCACCAAUCACUUGCAUGGUGUAUAUCGGGCAGCCUAGCAAUCCGCAAUUCCUGCGCGAUCCGGCUCGCCGCGAGCCGCAGGAUGUCGCGGAGGUGAUUAGCCGCGGGCGUGGCCAGAGUGGGAAGAACACCGAGUAUCUGUACCUGCUCGAGAAAGCGUUAGAGGGGCUAGGGCUCGGGAGUGCUGAUAUGCAUGUCACUGACCUGGUGCGACGGGUCAAGACGAUUGAGAGCACGGAGGAAGCGACAGCCGAACAAGCGGCUGCGGAGAGAGACGUGAAGGAAUCCCUCGAAGCGUCGUGGGCCGAGGCGCAUAGGGAUCCCUCGCAGAUUGAAUAG